GCGCUCUGAAGACGACGUGCAACGACAUAAGAGGAGCGAGUGGAAUCCUGCUCUCCCGACCUCGCAUCGAACGACCUGCCGACAAACUAUAUCUAUGACGCGCUCUCCCGGCGCUCUUUCGCUCAAGGAGUCGGUGCCGGCGUGAUCUGUCCCUCACGGCGGGGACUUUGCCCAUCGGGCGGCCGCAUCCGGAGGCGUCGGCCACACCAGCCGCCAUGGACAGCAGCUACCCUCCUCUCUCGUUGCCGCUGUCCGGCUCCUCUGGUUCGCCCUUCGAUGAGGUCCCCUUGACAGAUGAUGGCGACGGCAGCGACCUGGAGGCCUCUGCGGCUGAUGUGCAGCCGAUCCCGAUGGGCGGUGCGAAGGUCAUGGCUGUGCGGAAGGUCGAUCUGCGGUACCCCGGUGACCUGAGUCAGCUCAAGAGGGUGCAGGACGAGCAGCCUGAGUUCAACCUCUUCACGUGGAAGCUGGAGCGGCAGGUGCUGCCCAGUGAGGCAGAGGGCGGGCCGGGCGAGGGCGUCACGGUCAGGGAGUUCAAGUGCUGCACACACGAGGGGUGCGACGUGCGCCUCUGCCUCAUCGCCUCGCCAAACCUCAUUCAGCUCGAGAUCACUGGUCAGUCAGUCAGUCUACGACCAAUGAAUGGCACGGCACACACACCAUGCGAGGAACGAACCUUUAGCUUAUUUAUUUUGCCUUCCGUCUCGGUUGUGUUGGCGGGUCGUUCGUUCAGGUGAGCACGAGUACAGCAUCCACACAGCGUCCCAGGGGUUCCGGACGGCCCUCGACCGGGCUCUCCAGACCGACCUCAGCACCAACGGCACGGCCUUCCUGCUGCUGUUAUCGCGCGCCGAGGAGGCCCGGCUGCGGACGGCCGUCAAGACGCUGGGCUUCCAGCUGGGGGCCGUGGCGAGCCAUGUCGGCAACAUCACGCCCUACGCGGCCUUUUGUCAGAUCUUCCGGCUGGCGCUCAAGGACUCGGAGGUCAGCAAGAUGUGGCAAGCGCAUGGGCUGCCCUACCCCUUCCCCAACCAGCCCCCACAAGUGCCGCUGCCCGAGGCGUUCCCCCAGCUCAUGAACCUCAAGGGCCUCGUCGACGGCAUGGGGCAGCUCAUGGGGGCCAUGCCUGAUCCCAUGAUGGCUGCAGCGGCUUUCCCGGCACCUCCUCUGCCCUCGUUCGACCAGGAAGAAUGCGACAGCGACGGGGAGGGCAGCAAGGGCGGCGGCGUGAAGGGGCAGAGGAGGUCGCGGCGUAUUGCAGACGCAGAUCGAGAGCUGCCGCCCCCGCCGCUGUUCCAGCCUCUUGACUCCCUCCCCCCUCCACCAGUGUCCAAGAACGGCCUCUCGUCCCCCCCGCCCCCCCCGCAGAGCAUGGAUCUGCUUAGGCUGACGCAGCAAAUGGAUGGCGGCCUCGCCGAGGGCCUCAAGGCGGUCUCAAUCCUCCAGGGACACUUGGGGCGUGGUGGUGCCGACACGUCGCCGAGCGAGCUGGCCGCGGCGUUCCAUUUGCCGCCGAUGGACCCAAUGGGGAUGGCAAUGGGGAUGGGCAUGGAUAUGGCAGUGGGCAUGGGGAUAGCCGCGUCGCUCAAGGCCAAGAAGCGGCGCCGCAAGGUGGCCAACGACGACAUGCCUUUCCUGCAGCGGCUGCCCACCCCCGCACCGCCGCUGUCAUCACUGCUGAGGUCUCAGUCCCGCCCGCCCCCUCCCCCGCUCCCCCAGCCGCCCCAGCACGAUGACGACAGCGCCGCACCGGAGUCGCCGUGCAAGUCAUCUUCCAAGAGGCGGCGGGCCAAGAGGCCGAGAACGAGGAAUCGCGACUCGGGGGGCGACUCGCCCGUGUCGCCUGGCUACCAACCCAGCGGCAUGGGGCCCCUGGCUGACAUGGCGGCGCCGCCGGCGACCCCUCCUGCGUCCAAGGGCGCCAGACCGAGAGAGAUAGACCGGCGCAAGACCAUCGUGCCACUGCUGCCGCCACCCCCACCCACCGCGGCGUCGCCCCAUUUUCCGCUGACCCGGGGCAGAACCACCCCGGCCCUCCCAUACCCCUCCCCCUUCGCCAGCCCCCCACUCAUCGGCCUUUCCGUCGGCCACCCGCCCGCAGAGGCAAUCGACUUCACGGACGCUCUGCUGCGCAGGAAGAGUCUCCCUGCCGACCAGCUGCCCUCGCUCGCCUCGUCGCUGCGGGCCGACGGUACGCGGCCCUCUGAAGCUGAGACGGCUCACAUCCUGGCGAGUAUGGGCAGGGGUGUGAUGCUGCCGAUGCCGCCCCACCUGCAGCUGCUGGCGAGGGCCGAGACGCUGCUGGAUGAGCGGCGGAUCAAGGGGCUCAUUGAGAGGGUCAAGGCAGGGGUCGACCAGGGGGCUGACGUGUCAACCAAUGCUGUCUUCGGCCGGAUGAGAGACCCGCAGGUGAACUGAACACGCCCACACACACACAACGACACUUCGGUUCACUGGCUGACCGUUGCGUGUUGUUUGUUCGUGUGCCGUGUGCCGUGUGCUGUUUGUGCUGUGUGUGUGUAUCAUCCAUCCAUCCAUCAGCUGUGGAAAGCGGUCAAGCACGUGGCUGAGAAGUCUGCGAUGUCCCCUCUGUGCGAGGAGCACUUCGACACCAACCUCUCCGCUUUCAUACGCGACAUCAUCGCCACCAUUGCCUCAUCCACAAGCGCAAGCGCAAGCGCAACCAGCACCGCCGCCGUCCAGCCGCCCGGGCCGCUCGGCGUGCCCCAUCCACCCCCUCUGCCGAUACCGAGAAUGCCGGCAAUACUGGCGGCCAGCAAGAAGCGCUAGCUAGAUCAGCUAAUGGCAGGCCGGUCGUGUCAACGGCCGGCCGAUCGUAUCGAUGUGUUUGCCGGAUGGCUGGCUGGCUGGCCGCGUAAGGUAAGUGUGGUUUUCCCUCCCUGUGUGAGUGUGUUCCGGGCGGUCUGGGGUGCGUACGGGUGGGAUGCGUAUAGUGGUAGUUAUGGAUGGCUUCGGUAGGUGGGUGAGGUGGGGUGGACAUGUGCGUGAUGUGCGCUACCAUGGCAUGGCAUGGCCCUUCCUCUCUCCCUCCGGCCCACAUGAUGUGUUUUAUCCCUGUGUGUGCCUAUGUGUGCCUUCCCUUCCCUUUAUCGGUCUGUCUGCAAGGAAGGAAUGGCUGGCUGGGUGGAUCAUGCCGCCGUCAAUCUUGCAAGCUCGGUUGGUUGACGGCUCUUGUACAGACGCACUCAUACACACACACACACACACAGACUCACGUGUGGAUGGAUGGAUGGAUGGACACACACGCAGCUAACACCCACCCACCCACACACACACAAUGAAACACUUACUCGGUCUAGUAAGGGGAAGGGGGGAGGGACGGGUGUCUGUAUGUAAUUCCUCCGUACGUCAUGACUAAACUAACUGCACACACGCAGACCUCUUCUAAGUCUCUCUCUCUGUCUCUCUCUCUUUCACUGUCUCUCUCUCUCUUGGAUGCGCUGCGUGGGUGGUCCGGGGGCCUUCAUAUCUCUACCACUAUAUGUAAUUCAGGUGUCUGCACGCCUUCUACAUCAUCCACAGUCAGUCGACGUCAGGCAGGGAGGAAUUAGUGAUGGAUGCCGUGGGGUGGGGGAGAGAGAACAGAUGGAUGGAUGGAUGGAUGGACAACUGUUUAUGUAGAAGCACUCACAGCUACAUAGUUAC